AGCAACGUCCAUCUAGGAAUACAUCGAGAUGGGCAGAAUCACGAAGAAAAAUGAGAAGGGAGCCGUCAAGAACUACAUGACGAGAAAUCAAGCAAUCAAGAAGUUGCAAAUCUCGCUUGCAGACUUUAGAAGGCUUUGUAUCUUGAAGGGUAUCUUCCCUAGAGAACCAAGAAACAAGAAGAAAGCCAACAAAGGUUCAACUGCACCAAAAGCUUUCUACUACACAAAGGAUAUUGUCUAUUUACAACACGAGCCAUUGUUAAACAGCUUAAGAGAGUACAAAUCGUUUGCUAAGAAGAUCUCAAAGGCUGUCGGUCGUGGUGAAUACGCUCAAGCCAAGUCUAUUGAAGAGAACAAGAAGCCAGAGUACAGAUUAGACCACAUCAUUAGAGAACGCUACCCAACCUUCCAAUCCACUCUCAAUGAUCUCCCAGACGCUAUCUCACUCAUCAUGCUCUUCAGUCACUUGCCAGCUAACAGCAAAAUACCUGCCGACAUUAUAGAAAACUGCGCUAAACUCUCAGCUCAAUGGCAACUAUACGUUAUGCGUACCAAGUCACUCAGAAAAGUUUUCUUAUCAAUUAAGGGUGUUUACUUUGAAGCUGAAGUUGAAGGCAGACCAAUUAGAUGGUUAGUUCCAUACUUAUUCACUCAACACAUCCCAGAAGAUGUAGAUUUCAGAAUCUUGAUGACAUUCUUGGAACUUUAUCAGACACUCACUGGUUUCGUCUUUUACAAGUUAUACAACGACAUCAACUUGGUAUAUCCACCACCACUUGAUAUCGACAAGGAUGGUACUGGUGCCGGAAUCGGUGCUUUCAGUUUGAGAGAGACAACAGGUGCACUCACCAAGUCAGGUCAAGAUGAUGUCGUCGAAAGUGCAAAAAUUAGCGCAAAGGAUGUACGCAAGCAAAUUGAUCAAAUUGGCUCAUCAGGCGCACCACCAGCUGACGAUCAACUUGAGGAACAAGAAAACAACGAAGAAGUUGAUCAAGAGGGAUUACCUGCACCUGAGGAAUUCGUUGAGCAACCUUCAAAGAAUGUAGAGGCUUCAACUGAUAUCGGUCAAUCACUCAAUACACUCAUCGAAAACUCUAAAUUUGAAAGUGCACGUGCUAACUUAUUCGCACCAUACACUUUCUACCUCUCUAGAGAAGUUACAAGACCAACUUUAGAGUUCGUCAUCCGUUCAUUCGGUGGUCAAGUUGGAUGGGAUAUGACAACCCUUGGUGGUGGUUCACCAAUUCCAGAUGAGAAGGAUCCACGUAUAACUCAUAUGGUUGUCGAUAGACCACAACUCCCUGAACGCCUGAAGGAACUCAAUUUGAAGAGAGCUUACAUUCAGCCACAAUGGAUCGUCGAUUCUGCCAACGCUGGUAGGUUAUUGCCAACUGAACCAUACGCACCAGGCGAGACACUUCCACCUCACAUGUCGCCAUUUGAAGUAACUGAGGAUGAUGCCUAUGUUCCUGGUUUGGAGAUCGAAGAAGCUGAUGCUGAAGAGGACGACGAAGAGGAGGAGGAAGAUGAGCAAAUUGAGGAAGAGAAAGAAGAAGAGAAACCAAAGAGCACAUAUCCAACCGAAGCACUCCUUGCGGCUGCUCAAAACCCAGAUGACGAAGCACUGCAUGAUGCCGCUGAGCUCGAAGCUGAACAACUUGGUGUUAGCCAUGAUGUGUUCGAAGCAGAGUUGAAGAAAGCCAAGAAGUCCGCUUCUAAGAAGAAAACUUCCGAUACGAAAGAUAAAGAGGAAGACGAUAUGGCACACCUCAUGAUGGGAUCUAAGCAACGCAAGUUGUACAACAAAGUUAAGCAUUCGCAGAAGCGUCAAACUGAUGAGCGCGCACUUCUUGAGAGCAAGAAGAAGGACCUGAAGAAGAAACAGCUUAAAGAGAAGAAGAAGAGUGCAAAGAAUUAGAUUGUUUUUAUUUUAUAAUUUAUUUUAUUAUACAUUUUUAGACGGG